CUAUGGCGAAGGGGUAAACAAACAGAGCUCAAUGGUUUAGGAAAGCAGCAGUAACGGUGAACGCAUCUCUCCCGUUAGUGACUAACAGCGGUUAGUAAUGGUCCGGUGACCGGUGGGGAAACGUCGGCAGGGGUUGUGCUCUCGUCGUUUUUGUGUGUGUGUGGAUGCUGUCAGUGCGAAUAGCGAUGAAAAGAGCGAAACUAGUUUGUAACACCUCAGUUGUAGCAGCAGCAGCAGCAGCAGCCGGUGAUACAGGCUAACCGUUACCGGACUCCGGACCUUUCGUCUCUUUUCCUGAGGAGAGGAGAAGACUAAAACCCCCAGCCACCAUUAGCUUAUAAUAACAACAUUUAUUCUUUUUUUUCUGUUUAAUUUAAAAAAAAAAAAUUAUUUCGCUCGUCUCUUUCUUGCUGUUUUUAAGUCGAGUCGUCAAAAAUGUUGACAGGAUCUAAAACCACGUUCAAAGUGAGACAAAUGCUCCCAGACAUCAAGGAGAGGAUGCUGAGUCAGAGUGGGGUGAACGCAAGGAGUCGAGAUGUGUUUGGAUUACGCUGCCUGCCAGGCGAGUGUGUACUUCAGAGAGCUGUUAUGGUGAGGAAGAAGUUGACUGCCAGGGAAGGAAGAGGUUGGCUAUCUGGGACCCUCUUAUGUACACACUUCAGAGUGGCCUUCGUGCCCCAGGACAGUCCCAAACCUGACGACAAUGCAGACCCUGUGCUUUUAGGAGAUCACGAUGUGGCUUUGGCGUCUAUAGAGAAGGUUGUGGUUGUGGGCCCAAACAGGACCAAGCUGGUGACCCCAAACUCCUCGCUAAAGUUCACUCCAGAGGAGCUGGUGCUUUACUGUAGGGACCUGCGAGUCAUUUGCUUUCUGUUUGACCGCCUCACUCCUGAUGCACAAGUCAUAGAGAUAACUUACACCAUCGCCAAGACCUACCAGCCUCCAAAACCAGGGUCAGUUUUAUCUUUCCAGAACGCUGCCCUUGGGAGUGUAGAAAUGAAGCAGUUUCUAAGCAACCGUCGCCGAAACACCCACAUGAACUGGUAUGAGUCCGCCUUAGACUGGGAGCAAGAGCUGGAGAGGUGCGGGGCCAUGGGCUGGAGAGUCAGCUCGGUCAACGACCGCUUUGAGAUGUCCACAAGCCUGCCUAGGUUCAUCGUGGUUCCACAAAAGGUUUUAGACACUGAGCUGAAGAAAAGCUUUGCUCACUUCAAUGAAGGACGCAUCCCUCGCUGGUGCUGGCGACACCCCCGAGGCAGUGAUCUACUUCGAAUGGCGAGCUUCCAGAACAACAUCUACCAUGAGAAAGACGACAUCAGAAACCUGGAGAUGAUCCUGUUUGGUUGCCAGUCCUCUCUGUGUGUGGUGGUGGAGCUUGGCGAGGAGCUGCCCUCGCCUGCCGAUAUCCAGCUGGCACACAGCCGCCUGCGUGCCCUCUGUCUGGGAGAUAUCUCCACAUCUGUGUCAGUGCCUGAUGACAAAUGGUUAUCUACCCUGGAAAGCACCCACUGGCUAGACUACACCAGGUCCUGUCUGAAGAAAGCUUCGGAGGUAGCCUGCCUGCUUCGCGGCGGUCACCUGACUGUGGCACUGCAAGAAGCGGACGACCGGGACUUGAGCUGCAUGGUGUCUAGCCUGGUGCAGGUGAUGUGUGACCCCCACUGUCGGACCCAGCACGGUUUCCAGAGCCUGGUGCAGAAGGAGUGGGUGAUGGCUGGCCACCGCUUCUGCAGCCGCAUCAACUACCACCGUGACAAUGACAAGGAGGAGGCUCCAGUCUUCCUGCUCUUCCUGGACUGUGUUUGGCAGCUGUUGUCCCAGUAUCCCUCUCGCUUCCAGCUGACAGAUGACUUCCUGUUGGCCUUGCACGACAGCAUCCACCUGCCACUCUUCUCCAGCUUCCUGGCCAACUGCCAGCGAGAGAGAUGCAAACGCUCCCAGAACCUCGGGCAGUCCUACACACCAGUCAAUGGCUGGAGAGAUAUGCUUCAUCCGGAUUCUUCCUCCGAUCCAUCUGACCCUCCUCUGCCACCGGUGUGGGACUGGGCCCUGCAGUACAGCAAACACAGACGGGAUCGUUUCACCCAGCCUGUCCCCCCAAUCCCUCCACUCCAACCGCUGCUCAAUGGCAACCUCAACACCAACCCAGACGCACACAGGCUGACUGACACCAUCCCCGGAUCAGUCUUCCUCCUGUCUCGAGGCACCUUCUCCUGUCCUGCUAACCUGCUUCCCUGGCGCAGCAGCAGUUCAGGCGUUUACAAGAAGAGCCACCGGCGGGCAGCGUCCUCCGAGAACGUGCCUGGCCUGGAGAGGCUACUGAAAGCUUGGGCCCUGACUGAGUUUCCCCAAAGCCUGACUUCCAGCUCUGGACCUCAAGGACCACUUGACCCCUAUGAGCCCUUACUGCCUCUCCUCAUGGGGCCCUGCAUGGGGCUGUGGAGGGAGUGCUACCUCCGGGGGGCGCUCCAUGCACAGGCGUUCUCCCACCCCAUCUCAGCCAACCACCCCCACCCUGUGGAGCGGCUGGCCCGGGAGGUGCAGCAGCUCAAAGACAAGCUAGCACAAGUGUCCACCGGAACGGAUCCAAACCCACCCACCAAAAUGGCCGAGCCUCGGCGGACCGACACCAACCUGAACCAAAACACCAACAACGGCACCUUCCUCUUCCCAGCGCCGAGGCCUCAGAGCACGGCGAUGUCCAGAGUGGCACCCCCUCCUACCUUCACCAACCACCAGACCUCCAGGGGCCCUCCGCCCGCCUCAGCCCCACCAUCCAGGCCCAGUCACAAAGACAAUGGCGGCAGCAACAAGCACACCUUCCUGUUUGGGCACUCUUCAGUCACAGAGGCCCGCCCUGACCAGCGCUAUUACCCGGCACCCAAUAACGGCAAGCUGCCUAAGAGCAACGGGCCCUCGAUAGCCUCCUGAGGUCUGGUCUUCAUCUUAACUGUUCUCAUAUGUGAGACAGACCAUGCCACCCCGUGACCGGGUACUACAACCAAAUCCCCUGCUGCGGAAUAUGAAACUGACGUAUCUCCUCACUGGUGUCAUGUACUGAGGAGAUGCAGAUGUGUGUUGCCUGUCACACCAUUUUUGAUUGACUAUAAGGUGAUUAAAAAAAAAAAAAACAUUUGGGAGGACACAGUAAAUUGCAAUAGUAUGAAAUAAUUACUGCAAGAGCUCUUGACUCUGCUAUUUAUCGUCUGUACUGUAUUAAAUAAUGUGACAACUGUUUUUGUAUAUUUGUAAAGAAAAUCUUAGUGUUCAGUAUUCCACUGAUGAAUAUGUCUAAGAGAAAAAGAAUAAGGGCUGAAGAUGCUUAAUGAUGUAUGCCAACAGGACUUCAGAAGGACAUCUUGCAGUAUCUUGAAAUGCAGUAGACACAUUUUAUAAAGAUCAUGUCACCUUUCAAGAAAGAAAGAAAGCUUGUAGUUUCCAUUUUAGCCUCUCAUCCAAAAUGGGUUACAGUGACAGGGCAGGACAUACAUGGUGGUGUGAUAAGGUGGUUCUUAAGGGCACUUAUGGACACACACUUUCCACUGGAUCUAACCAGCGACCCGUGUGACUGUCAGACUACAAGUCUCCAGAAGACCUUUUUUACGAUUAGCCCUAAUCUUUAUUAUGUCAUGCUAAUGUGCAAUAAAAGAUUAAUUUCCUAGUUUUUGUAUCUCAGUUUCAAUUAGAAAAAGUAGAAUAUUGUUUUGAAAACGAUCCUUUUUAAAAACCAUGAUUUUUGAACUCCAGGCGCUGUGACCAGUGACUUUAUGUGGAAUUUAGGGCAUGAGAGCUAUUUUGGUACUGCUCUCAUAUCUCUCCACUCACUCACAAGCAUGCUUGGGAGCAGUGAGAGGCCUAUAUUCAGUUCAGAGUGUGAUGUGGAUGUGGAUAAAGUCUAAGCAGCAUAAUUCAGCUCCUGCAUGACUGACCGACAAUUUCAGGGCUUUUGUAAUAUAAUUGCAUCUCUCUUUCAAGUAUUUAUGACUAUUAUCGGUCAAUUUGAUGUCAUACAUGUAGAUUAGUGUGAUUUCUGAAUUGUUUCUGACCAAAUUGAGUAUUAUUUCGAGAAUUUCUCCAUCAAUUUGUGGUGUAAUUGAAAAACACAAACAUUAAUCUGCCUUUUUAUUGCCGUACCUUGGAAGCGAAAGGGAAGCUUAUUUCUUCCUGUGUUUACUUUUCAUUUUAUGUCUUUUUUUCCCCUGCCUGGUGAUGUAUUAGUAUGCAGCCAGCAUUUAGGUCAAGGACUUGGAAGUGUCUGACUGUAUUUAAAGCACAAAGGGAAGUAUCUGGUCCUGCGCCUUUAAAUCCAAACAGGUUGUCGUUCGCAUGAUGUGGGUGUUAAGUAGAUGCACUGCCGUCAUUCCCACGGACGAAUGAAAAUUUUCCAUUAUGUAUUUGAAAAAGCAUGUUUUUCUGAAUUUCUUUAAGCAGGAUAACAGUUGUCAGAUGUAUGAUGGAUGCUGACCUUCUCUCAUGUCAAAAGGUACCUCACUUGAUAGCGCUAUGAAUUAUUAAAUUGUUGUAAAUAUUCAUUGCAUCAAUAUCAAGGCACAUUGAUAUCAGCUACAAUUUCAGAGCUUUCCAGAUGUGAUGCCAAUGCAUUUACUUCUCUUCCAUGGAAAAAACACAAGCUCGUCUUUGUCCUGUUGCAUGGAAAAUCUAAUUUGAUCUUCUGCUGCACCUGUUGGUCUGUAUCAUUGUGUAAUGUAAGGUUUUUUUGGUACGAAUAUUGCUUAAUUUUUGCCAGAUGUACAUAUUUUUUGUAUCAGCAUGUUUUGAUCCUGAUAAAUAAAGUGUUAUCAGUC